CGUGACCUUGUUUGCCGACGUUUCGUCGAGUGGCAAUGAGCGGCGUGGCUGAUGCGGCGUGGUGGUGGUGCCGGGGGCCGCGUCAGUGAUCUGCGCGCUUCCACCGGCGUCAGACAGAUCCCCAGGCGUGAACGGCCCGGCGCGCACGGAGCGGCCGGUGUGAGCCCAGCCAGCCGGCGUGCAACAGGACGUGCGGGUACAGCCCCGCCUUGGGCACACGAGCGCCGCGAGCGCUCGACGAUAACGAAGGGCGCGUCGUCACUCGAUCGCUUGUCGCGGCGCGGAGCGCGGAGGAGGAUUGCGCUGCUGCUCCCGAGGAGACGGUGACAGCGACCGACGACUUCGACGAGACUCCGGGACCAUGGCGGGCAUGUGGUUCGUGGUCUGCGUGCCUAAAGAUGAAGAAAUCGCGAAACCGAAGCAGCAGCAGCCACAGCAGACGCUGCAGGCAGCCAACGGUGCUGUGCGCAAGGAUGUCAACGGACACCAGGAGACGCGGACCUCCGCCAAGCAGGCUCUACAAGACUGCCUGGAAGAGUUGGGCGUCGACGAUGCGGUGUGGUGCUCGAGGAGUUCCGACAAGGUCUACCAGGUCAUGUUUCCCUGCGAGUCCGGCGAAGACACGGACCUGGUGCUCAAGUCUCUCAACUCCAGGGGAAUCGGCCUGGACACUGGCUCCACCGUCGGGGUGGUUCCUUGUGCAAUAUUUUACCAAGGUGGUGACGAAGCCACAGCAGAAAACCACGAGGAAGAAGCGUCCGGCUUCAAGAAUGCCCAGCAGAAAUUUCUCAAGUCUGUGACGGCACGUCUCACAGUAGCUCAGGUGGUCGAAGGGGUGCGGUCAAACGGGGAACUCAACUUCGACUACGUAGCCUUCAUCAUACUGGCCGGGAUGAUCGCAGCACUUGGUCUUAUGGACAACAGUGUGGUCUCUAUCAUCGCAGCCAUGCUCGUCUCGCCACUCAUGGGUCCCAUCGCGGCCAUCACGUUUGGCAUCAUCAUCAGGGACAAGUCACUGGUCAAAGUGGGGCUUCGCACUGAGCUGUGCGGGCUUUUGCUCUGCCUCGUAUUCGGGUUCGUUUUCGGCCUGAUCAUGGCCUACUGGGGAGACAUUCAGGGUCCAGGAGGCUGGGGACCCAACACGUGGCCCAAUUCAGAGCAGACGGCCAGGGGUCAGUGGCGCAGCUUGUGGGUCGGCGCGCUGGUAGCGCUACCCUCUGGCGCCGGCGUGGCCAUGGCCAUCCUGGGUGGCAACUCGGCGUGUCUUGUGGGAGUCGCCAUCUCUGCUUCGCUGCUGCCCCCUUCCAUCAACUGCGGGUCCUUGUGGGCUCUGUCCCUCAUGAAAGUCUUCAAGUCUCUCGGCCAAGAUCCUAUCAAUGUGACCGUGCCGAUUCCGGGCACGGACCUGAACCGCACGGUACAGACGUACCCUGCCUUCGUGGCGUACCCGGGCUUUCAGGCGUACUACUUCGACAACGCCAACAUGCACAAGGAGUGCGCCGUCAUGGCCAUCAACUCCUUUUGUCUCACCGUCGUCAACAUCCUCUGCAUUAUCAUCGCAGGAACACUGCUGCUCAAGAUCAAGGAAAUAGCACCCGAGUCCAGCAUGCCACGAACGCAGCGCUUCUGGAAACACGACAUCAAGGUUGCGCGCGACUACAAUAGGACCCUUCACGAGUCCGACUUGGGACAGGAGUUCCUCCAAGAAUGGGCGAAAGUUAGCGGCGUGGAUCCCAAGCUAAUGUCGUCGAGUGACCCGCAGUCACGGCUGGCGCAGCUCCAAACGCUACAAGACAUCCUUAUGGAUGCUGAGGACGACGAUGUCUACCAGACGGUCACAAGGCAUUUGGGUAACCAACCGGCUAGCCUGGCACGGCGACUGACGAUGGCAGCCUUGCCGGGUGGUGGCCUCCAGCCCUGCGCCGAUCCGGCGGACCCGGAGUCCGGCUUGCGGUGGCGUCGGAACAGCCAGCUCGUGUCCAACAUGCUGCACAACUUCGAACGGCGCAGCAGCAAAAACCUCGGCGUGUACGCUUACGACAAUCCGAGCCCCGUGCGGGACGCGCUGAGCCCGCCUUCUAGUGCGAUGCCCGGCCAGCCGCACCAGUUGUCCCGGCGCCGGUCAUCGGUGCAGCAGCGCAGCACCUACUGGCCGUCUCGCUUCUCGGUGUCUCCCGUGGCCGAGCCGAGAAGGCGGAUGUCGCGCGCCAGCGUGCGGCCCGCCAUCUUGCGCGAGGAGGAAGACGAGACGUCGCGCAUCUGAGGAGGAAAGGGUAACGGAUAAAGAAGGGCAGAGCGACGUCCGUUGCUUGCCCAUGUAAAUAGAUGGCAGCAGUGGUGGUCAAAACUUCGCGAUUCUCCCGGAGAAGUGCUACUUACCCCAUCUGUGCAGAUUGGCCAGUUCAGGGAGUCCAGCUGCGCGGAGGAGGCACGUCUUCAAAGCCGCUUGAUUCGGCGAAGUGAGAGCCGCUUGCGGCGUGUUACGCACACUUUCACGCUUAACCGGCUGCGUAACUUGAGUGCUCAAGUGCGCCAGGCGAGAGCAUUUACAAAGUGUCAUUGCCGUGGCAUAUACAUGUAUAUAGCCAGCCGAACAGUCCACAGCCCACCCUGGAAAGUACAGGAUAGUCCAUUUUUAAAGGGAACGCCUGAAUGUCAAUUGAGUCAAUGUAACUGCAAAUGCUCAUCAUAUUCGCUGCAAAAUAAUGUCUCGUAUACGUGACAGCAUACUAUACGUGCGUGCAUAUGCUACAAUCUGCAGAUCUUUAUGCCAACUCUCCGCUGUAAUUGGUUGCGACAAAUUAUAGUUGGCUGUUACCUUUAAGAGUGGGCUAGAUUGUACAUCUUGUACACUAUAGCACGCGAGAAUCAUCUGCCUUCGUUCGGAAAGAGUUGUUUGUUUUAGAAUGUUUUAGAAUGUUUUAUAACGGCAACUUAAGACCGUAUAAAUGAGUCUAUAAUGCAAGAAGACCCACAGCAUGCCUGUCUUCCUGUAGAACGAGGUCAAUCUACGCGGCGAGGGCGAGUGGGGGAGGAUUGAGGGUGUGAUAUGUUCUAUAUUUUUUUUGUUCAUGUGCUUUGUUCUGUUGACGUUUAUUUAGCUCACGAAUCAUUGAUUGUAUAAUAUAGAGGCAUGCCAAUCAAAUGCCCUCAUCAUUGUGCACAACGCAGUACGUGAUUGUGUGAAAUAAACCAUGCUCACCUUUU